AUGAGCAAUGCCCAAACUAAUUCUAGUGUGCGCGUAACGAGUAUCGGCUUGGCGUUCAACAUGGCUAUCGCUAUCGCCAAGUUCAUUGGCGAUUGCUGUUUCAACUCCAAUUCAAUAAUUGCCGACGCUUGGCAUGGUGUGACUGAUCUCGCAUCCGAUAUUUUGACUCUGGCAACCGUCCAUUGGAGUCUGCAGGAGCCCAACGACCGGUUCCCUCUCGGCUUUGGCAAGGUGGAGAGUCUGGGAAGUCUCGGGGUGUCAGGGAUACUUCUGGCAGGUGGUUGUUACGUUGGAUGGGAAAACGUCCUCAGCUUACACAAACACCUUCAAACUUCUAGCCAUGUGGCUAUCGAGUAUCAGAAUGAGCCUUUCCAGACUCACAGCGAAGCUAGUUUAGUGAUACCCGACAUGCACGCUGUGUGGAUAGUGACGGGAACAAUCGUGAUCAAGGAGUUGUUUUACCAUGCUACCAUGAAGGUAGCACGGGAGCAACAUUCAUCGGUCCUCGAGUCGAACGCGAUACACCGUCGAGCGGAUAGCGUUACGGCCGUGGUAACAAUCGUGGCUAUUCUAGGCGCCAACAUGAUAGAACAAUCCGAUUGGCUGGACCUGGUUGGCGGCCUCUUGAUAUCCAUCAUGAUAGCCCAUGCUGUCGCGGGCAAUGUAACGACUGCAUUGUUUGAACUUGCGGACGGGAGCUUCGAUGACGACAUUAAAGAAGCAGCAAUUGAGGAAAUCCACCACGUAAUGACCAUUGUCAACGUCAGCCACGAGGCUGAGCUACGAAAGGUCGAUGGGGUCAAAUCGAGACAGAAACACAUUAUUGGGGUGGAAAUGGUCGUCCCAGGCACAUCGUCAGUGGACUUCGCCAGGGGAAUAGAGGAGGCGAUUGGGCGCUGUGUGAGGCGCAAGGUGCAAGGCGUGAAAGUGGUACACGUGCGGUUCAUCUCGAAUGAAGAGCCUGUCAAUUACCAAUUUGACAAAUUUCUUGCGGAGUCAUCGUCCUUGACGGAUGGUGCUGAUUUAAGGCAUGGCCAAAGAUCAGAACGGAACUAG